AUGACGGAAGCUCAACGCUUCGGAAAACCGUUUCAGACGCUUGUCUUUUGUGUGAGGGAUUUUCGGAAUCCAGAAGAAUACGGUUAUGGUGAGGAGGGCGGGACCAAGUUUCUACAGCAAGUUCUGAAGGUCACUCCCGAUCAACCAGAGGAGCUGCGAAGUGUUCGCGAACAGCUGAGUGAUUGUUUUGAGCACAUCUCGUGCUUCCUCCUCCCCUAUCCCGGCUAUCGCGUUGCCGAGCGGCAGUCUUUCCGAGGCCAUGUGAAAGAUUUGCGACCGAUUUUUCGUGAGGAAAUGAAAAAGAUGAUUCCUGCUCUGCUGAAUCCUCACGCACUUCAACCGAAAUACAUCAACGGGAAACCGGUCACUUGUCGGAAGCUUGUGCAGUAUUUCAAAGAAUAUGUAAACUCAUUCGAUGGGAAUACCGUACCCGUGGCGAACAGUAUUCUGAAUGCGAAUGCAAAACUGAUCUGCAUCGAAGCAGCUCACGAAGCCAAAGGUUGCCUACUGUCGCGGAAUGGAUCGAGUUUUACUGUGUGUGGUAGCACCUUGAAGGCAAAAGCGCAAUCGAUGACGGGCUCGCGAAUGUUACCCGAGAAGCGAUUGCUUGAAGCUCACAUCAAGCACGGCAUCACUGCACUGAACAUCUACGACAAGUGCCCAAAAUUUGGUUCUGCUGAGACCAGAAAUCGUCUUCUCGAAAAGCUCCAAGAAGACAUCAAUGCCGAACUGGAACGAUACAAACGGCUGAACGCGGCCAAAAAAGUGACCGGUUGUGCUUCAGCAAUGACUGCUUGCGGGGACAGCGCCCUGCUCGGUGUCGGUCUGGGAGCUGCCGCCUACUGGAACUGUUGCCGCCACUGUUUUAACGCUGCAAACAGGACUUGUCAGCGCAGGUAUUGUUGCGAUUCCGAUAUCUCUUGCCACACUGCUCAUUAUUUGGAUAUACGUGUACUCAAAGCCUCAUAUCGACCAUUGCAUGGACAAGGAACCUCAAUAGCUCACCGCUCAUUUGCACUCCGUCUUUGCCUCUCUUCCUCACUCUCGCGGUUGUGA